CUUUGGAUUAGCGCCUAUAUUAUUCCCAGCCCAUCAAGGUAAGGGACAAGAACACGUUCAGACGCUUGAGAAUAAUGGAUGAUCAGGUCAUGUUUGCUUUCGGGAAUCUUGACUCUCGAGAACCAGAGAAACAGCAAGUGGAUUAUCCUACAUUAUCCACUCAACUAUUCCAGGAACGGCAUUCUAAAAGAUACUGGUCCAUAUCCAAGGCCCGGAGAUUGAGAAUCAUCUCUUCCGGUUUAUCACAAUUACUGGAAUGACUUUAAUAAUUAUAUGGACUCUCAAGUCAUGUCAUAAUCAUGAUCAAUA